UAUUGUAUUCAUUAUUUACCAGAUUUAUUAACCAAAAUUUUGCAGAUAUUAUGUAAAUUUUAAUAACAAAUAUUAAAAUUUGAUUAAUUAGAAAUAAGCACAAUAUGCGCUUUUAGGUACAAUACGAAUAAUUCCAAAUAUUUUAAACUAUAACCCUUAGGAAAAUUAAACCACCGCCAUGGGUUGUAAUUUUUCUGUAGUUGGUGGCUGCAUUUCGAAUAACACUUACACAUUAGAAAGGUUAACGCUAAUAUGUGCUAUGUGCUGGGUGAUGACUUGUAUUCUGUUCUCCCUGACCAUGCUUGUAUCAGUGGGCAUGGGGAUUGGAUAUUUCUAUUGUUACGUCGACUACAGUUCUACUAAAUAUGUGAUAGCGACGACUACCACGACGACGCCCAGAAGAUGGAGCCUCUGGCACCUUCUCUUCAACGUAGACUUGGGAACCUUCAUAGAGUUCAAACGCCGCAGAAGUGCCAGAUUCACGAUCCAGCGACAGAAUGACUCUAACUACGUCAUCAAUCUCAUACGAUUCCUGAACAUGGCCAAUAGAACUUACAGAGUUGACGUCAAAUAUUUCAACAAAGAUCCUUCUAGUAAUUCAUCAUCGAUGAGUUUAGGCGCAAGUCCGUUUAUGGCAAAUGCCAGUGAUAAUAUUUUCUUUCCUAGUAUGUCGAAUGUGUUUGUAAAAAAUGAGAGUGCUCCCGCGUGGGCGGCGUAGCUGGUCUUGUGUCUUGCAAAAGUAUUUGUGUUUGUUUUAUGAUUUUGUGUUUUUUUAUUAUUAAAUUCAUACCAUUAAUAUACCAACUUCAAAAGAG